GUAUGUAUGCUUGUAUAGGAGUUGAUCGUGGAGAUUGUGUCUUUUGUUUCCUCGGCGGAGUGAUAAAGGAGCUGCAUCAUGGAUCCGUAUGGACUGAAGUCCGUAUCAGAUUUACCCCCUCCAUUUCGUUCGUUCUUCAGUUUCAGGUACUUCAACUCUCUGCAGAGCGAAUGUUUUUCUUCCUGUUUCCUCUCCGAUGUGAAUAUGGUUAUUUCGGCACCAACUGGAAGUGGAAAAACAGUACUCUUUGAGCUUUGCAUUUUGAGGCUGCUCUCUAGGUUCUUCUCUGCAGAGGGAAGCUUUCAUCACGCUAAGGGAACUCUCAAAACAAUCUAUAUAGCCCCAUCCAAGGCUCUGGUACAAGAGAAGCUCCGGGAUUGGAACCAGAAACUUGGGUCGUGGGGCAUAAAUUGCCUAGAACUGACAGGGGACAAUGAAUCUUACAACAUAAGGAACAUACAAGAAGCAGACAUUAUUGUGACAACUCCUGAAAAAUUUGAUGCAGUGACUCGAUACCGUGUAAAAGAUGGGGGCUUGAGCUUUUUCAGUGAUAUAGCACUUCUGCUAAUUGAUGAAGUUCACCUAUUGAAUGACCCACGUGGAGCAGCUUUGGAGGCAAUAGUUAGCAGAAUAAAAAUGCUCGCUUGUAAUCCUGAAAUGAAAUCAACCACUCUGGCUUGUGUCCGUUUCCUAGCCGUUUCUGCCACUAUCCCAAAUAUUUGUGACCUGGCUGAAUGGCUUGCGGUUCCUAUCCACGGAAUCAAAAGGUUUGGUGAAGAAAUGAGACCAGUAAAGUUGACUACCAGAGUCUUUGGCUACACACCUGCGAAGAAUGACUUUCUAUUUGAAAAACGCCUUCAGAACUAUCUUUUUGAUCUUCUCAUGCAAUAUUCUAGAGGAAAAUCUGCUCUCAUCUUUUGCUCAACUAGAAAAGGAGCACAAGAAGCAGCCCAGCGACUGUCUCAGGCCACCAUGACCUUUGGUCACUCAAAUCCGUUCAUCAAAGACAGAGAGCAACAGGAAAGGCUAAGGGAAGCUUCAUUAUCAUGCAGCGACAAACAAAUGCAGUCAUAUAUCCUUUAUGGAAUUGGUUUUCAUAAUGGUGGGCUUUGCCUGAAGGAUCGCAACCUCAUUGAAGGCCUUUUCCUUAAAGGUGAUCUGCAGGUUCUGUGCACUACAAAUACUCUUGCCCAUGGAAUCAACCUACCUGCUCAUACAGUUGUGAUCAAAUCAACACAGUAUUUCAACAAGGUAAAAGGGCUCUAUAUGGAAUAUGAAAGAUCAAUGGUACUGCAGAUGAGUGGGAGAGCAGGUCGUCCACCUUUUGAUGAUACAGGAAUGGUUAUAAUUAUGACAAGAAGAGAAACAGUUCAUUUGUAUGAGAAUCUCCUGAGUGGUUGUGAAAUGGUAGAAUCACAAUUGCUUUCGUGCAUGACGGAGCAUCUAACAGCUGAGAUAGUACAACUUACAAUAUCUGAUAUAACACGGGCAAUCGAAUGGAUGAAGUGUUCCUUCUUGUAUGUCAGAAUGACAAAGAACCCUGAGAACUACGCAAUAAAGAAAGGGAUUCCCGGUGACCGUAUAGAGAAGCACGUGCAAGAGAUUUGUGUUCAGAAAGUUAAUGAGUUAUCAAGAAAUCAAAUGAUCUGGACCGAUGAAGAUGGUUUCCUCUUGAAGCCACUUGAGCCUGGGAGACUGAUGACAAAGUAUUAUUUGAGAUUCAACACAAUGAAAAAUAUUAUGCAGGCACAUGCAGACUGCAGUAUGGAAGAUGCUCUUCACAUUGUCUGCCGGGCUGAAGAAGUUUCCUGGAUACAGCUCAGGCGCAAUGAGAAGAAGCUUUUAAGUGACACAAAUACAGAUAAAGAUGGAAAGCUUCGCUUUCACAUCCUUGGAGAAAAAGGGAAAAGGAAAAAACGUAUCCAAACCAGAGAGGAGAAAAUAUUUGUUUUAGCGAAUGACUGCUUGACUGGGGAUCCGUCAUUGCAUGACUUAUCCAUGAACCAGGACAUGAAUUCUAUAUGCUCAAAUGGAUGUAGAAUUGCCAAGUGCAUGAAGGAGUAUUUCAUUUGCAGAAAGAGUUACAAAGGAGCUUUGAAUUCGGCUCAUCUAGCCAAAUCCUUACAUCAAAAACUCUGGGAUGACAGCCCGUAUUUGCUGAAGCAAUUACCUGGCAUUGGAAUGGUGACUGCUAAGGCACUGCAUUCCAUGGGAGUAAAAUCGUUUGCAACCCUUCGUGAAGCUGAUCCAAGGAAAAUAGAGAUAGUCACUGGGAGAAAAUAUCCAUUUGGGAAUCAUAUAAAGGAGGCACUGUUAUUGCUACCCCCUCAAAUUGAAAUGAAGCUUGAGGAAACUCAAUGCCAAAGGCAAGGAAACUCCAUGGUAGUGGUAACUUUGACUAGGCUAUCGGAAUCUGCUCAAUCAACCAAACGACAUUAUGCUGAUAUGGUUGUUGCUGUAGAAGAAGAUAACCUGAUUCUGUUUCAUGAGAAAAUAAGCAGAGUGGAUGAGUUUUCCAGCCCUUAUAGUGCAACCAUUCUGAUGUCAAAUCCUCAGCAAGAAAAGCUGACUGCUAAGGCAGAUCUGAUUUUUGAAGAUUUCAUUGGAAUUGACCUGCACGAAAAUUACACACUGAAGAAGGUUAUAGACUCGAAUGUGUUCCCGAAAUACGGAAAAAAGCAUCUGUCCCGUUUCCCUCAGCCCAAGGAUGUGUGUGUUAUAGAGGAUGACAAUGACUUCACAUCUUGUGCCCCAACUGAACAGCUUCACUACUCGAAAAAAUCCUCACGUGAAUGUGAUCUCAUGCCAAAUUUCAAUCUUCUAGGCGAAGAGGACUUGGAAGAAGGAAGGCCUAGUUUCGAAACUGAAGAAAGUGAGUGCAGAAUCAUAACACCAAGAACAGUAUUUGACCACAUCCGUGAAAAAGCAAAGAGUUUCCCGUCAUUGGCUACAUCAUGUAAUGCUUUCUCCCCAUCAUCUGAGGACUUGCUCCGUAUCGGAAAACAGACUUGUGAGAAGCAGCUUGAACACAGCAAUGGCAUUGAAGAGAUGGGAGAAACAGAAGGCAAUAAAGUUCAACAUUCAAGUGGGCUUAUUACAUCUUCAGAUCAAAGAGAAGAACGUAGGAGUGACAUUGGGAAAGCUUCACCUUCAAAUCCCUCUAAAUCUUUUGAAACCAUUUACGCAGUGAAUUGCAGAGGUGAGGUUCCUCCUGUAUCUGAAGAGAACUCAUCCAAAACCUCAACUGAAGAAAAGAUAUUUGAUCACAUACGGAAAAAGGCGAAAAACUUCCCACAGGUAAACAAAUUGGAAUCCGUGGAGUCUGAAGCAUUUACCAUGGCAAAAGAACUCUUCUGGAAGAACCACUUCGAGUCCAGGAAUGCUGCUUUCGACUUGUUGGAGCCGAAGGUUUCGAAUCAAACGUCUCGCAUUGGUUUCAGCUCAGAAAUCCUUGGAAGCUCAACUGAAGGUAUCGGUAAACAGCCGUCCUCUCCCAGUGUGUCAAGUUCUGAGUCUACUGUGAGGGAAACUGGGGAAGUGGAUUCCUUUCUUGGGUUUAAGAGUGUGUUUUCCUUCCUCUGA